AUGCCGGACGAAUCCCUGAAAGCUUACUUGGCGGCCAAAUAUAUGUCUGGUCCCAAGGCGGACGCCAUUCUCUCUCGCGCGUCCUCUAGCACAAUUAAGAAGAAGAAACGCAAGGCCGCUGGCUCCGGCCCUGUGAAGUCUGCAGGGGCGGCUUCGUCGAUGAUACAGGACGAUGACAUUUCUGGUUGGGACAAUGGUGCACGCGACGGUGAGGACGACGACAUUGAAGAGGCUGUGGUCGCUGCGGACCGUGGCUUCAAGAAACGGCAGCGAAUGGACGAGAGCUCUGGAUGGGCUACCUUGCGCGAAGGCGACGGCAUGAGGGAGAGCCCGCCUCCAGCUGCAGAUGAACAGCCCCAAGUGGUGGAAGAAGAGACGUCUACCUUCAAGGGUGGCCUCAUUACUUCUGCACAAUUGAAGAAGUCUCUCCCGCGCGAGAAGCCUGCGAAGCGGCCCGCUGAGAUCGAACGUCAAGAGCGCGAGGCCGCACAGGAGACCGUGUAUCGAGACUCUUCCGGGAGGAAGAUCGACCUUACUGUCGAGCGUGCUGAAGCAGCACGCAAGAAACGCGAACGGGAGGAGGAGGAGGCGCGAAAGAUGGAGUGGGGAAAAGGUCUUGUGCAAAGGGAGGAGGCUGAGAAGCGAAAGCGGGAAGAGGAAGCGAUGCGUACUCGCUCUUUCGCCCGAACACGAGAUGACGUAGACCUAAACGAGGAGCUGAAGGCACAAGAGCGGUGGGAUGAUCCUGCAGCUGCGUUCCUAACGAAAAAACGGUCCAAAGGCCCGAGGAAACCUGAAUAUUCGGGGCCACCCCCUCCACCUAAUCGCUUCGGUAUCAAACCAGGAUACAGGUGGGACGGAGUUGAUCGAGGCAAUGGCUGGGAGAAGAAACUCUUCCAGCGCCAGAACGAGAAGAGACGACGGGGGCUGGAAAGUUAUCAGUGGAGUGUAGACGAUAUGUGA